AUGUCGGUUGCGCAAUCCAGGGGUAGGAGCUUGCGUUUAGAUUCAGAGUUCGCAAGCGCUAUGAACAAUAAGCAUACCGCUUCAAACAGUGGGAAAAAACUGCGGCAAUUCACGACAAAUUCACGAAGCAAGAGUGCAGCUAGCUUUAAAGGGUUGAAUAAGCUAAGAAGAGUUCUGAGCCAUGACGGGGCUCUGGAGAUUGAGGACUAUGCGAAAGAAAGACCAGAUUUUAUGAAAAAGUCCAAAAGCAGCGACUCGCUCUCUCGAAAAAGAGCGAUAAGCGGACUGAGUAUGACCGCUCUGGGGAAGGUGCGGUCACACCCAGGACAUUCAAGUGCGAGCGAUGCGAACGGAGGGUCCGGCAGCAAUAGCGGACAGCAUCAUGUUGGCCUCCGGCCGCAUAGAGGAAAUAGCGUCAAAUCGGUGCUGGCCCUCCAAGGCGGAGACGACGAGCUGUACGAGGACCACUCAACAACCGACGAAGAAGUAGAGUAUUUUACAGAUGAAGAACAUGAAGGACAGAAUGGUGGGCAGAGCCUUAGGGCGCGACAGCAGCCGCGGUCACGCUCGAGGCAAAAACAAAAUACUAGCAGUAAUCGCGUGUACGACGAGCUACAGCGUUCGGCGUCAAGGAGCUCGCGAGAGGACCAAACACUUAGAGGAAGUGUCAAAGAGCUCUCAAGUUCUUUGGGUCAGGGGACUGUUGACACAGAACUUCUCAGGGAGGACAGUAACAAGACUUUAGGCAACAAUCAACUGCACUACGGCGUACCCUCGAACCUGAGGGACCAGGACGAAGAUCACAUAGAUAAUGGGGACCACAUAAACGCUGGCGACCACAUAAACAAUGAAGACCAUAUAAACAAUGAAGACCACAUAGGUAAUGGAGACCACAUAGACGCUGGUGACCACAUAAACAACGAAGACCACAUUGACCAAGGCAACCCAGACGAAGACACCAUAAAUGCCAACAGCAACAUAGAAAUUAUUGCCAAUAGCCUUAAGCGACACGGCCCAUCAACGAGAAACGAUGAGCUAAUCUACGGCAACGACGCAAACACCGAAAAUGCAACCCAAAACCACAGUCUCCAAAGCACUGGUCGGUUCAGUCCUGUAAUGAUUUUAUCACAGUCGACUGGUGUUGAAAAGCGGUUUGACAGGCCUGCUAACAUUGCCGAAGAUCCGACUUCACAAAGGUUUAAUAGUAAAGAUCAAGACUCCGAAAACAAGGUUCAAUCCAACAAUUUCAAUUACAUCAAUAGUGAUUUCACCGCAUCAUACGCUUCAAGUAGCAUAUCAGAGCGUCAACCUCAGAAUGUUUCGAAGCCCGACUUCUCAACCUCAAUAUCGAGCUUGUCUAGCCACCUGCACAAACCUGCACAGGUUACUGCCGAUAACCGUACAACCAGCAUACUCCACCAACGUGCUCCUCAAGCUUCCUUACCCACCAAUAAUGGGAACAGCUCUCGAUUGGAAGGUCAUUCUUCUAGCGCAAACCGCUUAGACCCGCUUUCGAACUUUAACAACUUCUCACAGUUUCUUCAAUCGGAAACUAGUGGAGCAGUAUCGCGCACGCAGCAAAAGCUUUGGCUUCAGCGUGAAAGCUCCAUAAUGGACUUAUCUGCAAAUAACUCUGGGGCUGACACUAUUUUCCUGGCUUCUAAUAUUGAAGUGAAAAGGGAAUUCGAAAGAAUCUCAAGAGAAUACACGAAUGUUAGAAGGUUUAGCAACCCCCUCAAUGCGUCGCUCAACAGAGUCGUUCCCCGAAGCAAAAUUGAGGUUAAAAAACACCGCUCACCAUUUUCACAAGGAGAUGAACUCUCAAAAGUUUUCAAGAAUGAAUUCUCCAAAGACGCGAAAACAUUCAAGGAGUUUUGUAGAGAAAACCUGAAUCAAAAAUUGGAUAUUGAUCGCGUGCUUGCAAGAAUCUGGAAUCAAGAGAGCGAAGACUUCAACAAAGAAUCUGAAUUAUUAGGCGAUAAUGAACCAGAAGGUGCAUCAUCAAUGCCGGCUGGUCAGCGGACGCAUAACCGCCAUUCACUUCGAAAUAAUGGACCAAAUAGCAACACGAACCACCUGCGGACGGUAAGUUCUUUGCAGCCGACGACAAGGGCCGUCCAUCGGCGGAUGGAAAGCGCUUUGGGUCAACAGCAGCGGCUAUGA